AUGGUGAAAGGAAUUUUAUUUUGGUUUACAAUUAUAGUACAACUUUUCUCGAUUGUUACUUCUAGGAGGACGAUGCAUCAUGCAAGGCAUACCCGAGUUAAUCAUAUACAUGAUGAGAUGAUGCAUCCUCCUCCAGUCACACACAGACAUGUUGAUAUGAUGCAUCCUCCUCCAGUCACACUGCACAUCUCAAAUCAAUAUGUGGUGAUAGAUAAUGGCAUUGUUCAACUUACUCUAACAAAUCCAACUGGACAUAUUUCUGGGAUAAGUUACAAUGAAAUUGAUAAUCUACUGGAAAAAAGCGAUCUAGAAGUAAGGAGAGGAUAUUGGGAUGUCAUGUGGAAACUUCCAAAAGACCACGGUGGCACUUUUGAUACGUUUGUGAUGCUAAGAGGAAAUUCAGGAUUUUAUUCAUAUGGAAAAUUUGAACAUUCAGAGGGAAUGCCUGCACUUAGAGUAGAUGAAGCAAGAAUUGCAAUCAAGCUCAGUCAAAACUUGUUCCACUAUAUGGCUGUAUCAGAUGAUAGGCAAAUGGUAAUGCCAACAAAUCAAGAUAUAUCCCAUGGAAAAGUCCUUGGCUAUAAAGAAGCUACUCAAAUAACACAUCCAUCCAACUCUCCAUUCAACUAUGAGGUUGAUGACAAGUACCAAUUUUCUUCUGAUAACAAAGAUAUCAAAGUACAUGGAUGGAUUUGUAAUAAUCCACAUGUAGGUUUUUGGGUGAUUACACCAACUAAUGAAUAUACAUGUGGUGGACCAAUGAAACAAGAUCUUACUUCUCAUUCUGGUCCCACCUCUCUAGCUACAUUUUUUAGUGGCCAUUAUACAGGUCCACAAUUAGGAGUGGAUCUACAAGAUGGAGAAUCAUGGAAAAAAGUAUUUGGUCCUGUUUUCUUUUAUCUCAACUCAGAUUCUGGUAAUAACCACCAAACACUUUGGGAGGAUGCUAAAAGACAGAUGUUUGAAGAAACUAAAAAAUGGCCAUAUGAUUUCCCACAAUCAAAAGAAUAUCUCAAAGCCAAUGAACGGGCCACAGUUAGCGGUCGAUUAUUGGUCAACGACGGGUACAUAAGUGAAGAUCCUUUUUAUGCAAAAUCUGCAUAUGUUGGAUUGGCCCUGCCUGGAGAUGUUGGAUCAUGGCAAACUGAGACCAAGGGUUAUCAAUUUUGGACUCAAACAGAUGAGUCUGGAUAUUUCAAGAUUAAUGGAGUUAUACCCGGAACUUAUAACUUGUACUCAUGGGUCCUUGGAGUUAUUGGAGAUUACAAAUACAACCUUAACUUUACCAUCACUCAAGGAAGUGAAUAUAAUCUAGGUGACUUAGUUUAUAAUCCUCCAAGAAAUGGUCCAACUCUAUGGGAAAUUGGAAUUCCUGAUAGAACUGCUGCUGAAUUUUUUGUGCCUGAUCCAUUGCCUAGCCUCACCAACCAUGUAUUCAUCAACACUACACAUAGGUUUAGACAAUAUGGUUUAUGGGAUCGUUAUACAGAUUUAUAUCCUAAUGAAGAUUUAGUAUACAGAGUUGGUGUAAGUGAUUACACAAAAGAUUGGUUCUAUGCCCAUGUAACCAGGAGGACUGUACAUAAACAAUAUAUACCAACAACAUGGCAAAUUUUAUUUGAUCUUUCAAAUGUGGAUCCAAGUGGAACUUAUACACUACAUAUGGCAUUGGCUUCUGCCACUUCUUCUCAUUUGCUAGGAAGAAUAAACAACCCAAUCAGACCAAGGCCAACUUUUCAGACCCCAGGAAUUGGACAAAGUAAUGCAAUAGCAAGACAUGGAAUUCAUGCACUAUACUCACUUUUCACUUUUGAAAUUCCGGGGUAUAAUUUACAAAUAGGAGAAAAUAUCAUAUAUUUAACGCAAGCUAGAGGUGGUAGCCCUUUUAACGGAGUAAUGUAUGAUUAUAUUAGACUCGAAGGACCUCCACAGUAA